ACUAAUUGUGUUAUCUAGGCGCAAUCAAAGGAGAAGGACGAACGUGCCAGGUGAGUCGUGUCAGGUUCGUGUUCGAACCUCAAAGAAAAGGAUUCCCGCUCCUGUAAUUCGCUCGAGUGAGCGACGUGAGUGAGUGACGUGACUUAAAGAGACCUCUCCUCGAACUAGAGGAUGGACAAUCACCGUCAGACAUCGCUGAUGCUCGCAAUGUUGGCGAGCCUCCUCCUCCUCUUCUUGGCCACGCCGGGCCACGUAGCCGGUUCAGAGGUCUUACAGAUUCGCGGGAUACCGGUGAUAAAGAACCCAUUAUAUCGUCCGGACCGCGACUUCGAAUGCCUGGACGGUAGCAAAUUAAUACCCUUCACGUGGGUCAAUGAUGAUUACUGCGACUGCGGGGAUGGUAGCGAUGAGCCCGGGACGACAGCGUGUGCCAACGGCUGGUUCUACUGCGACAAUGUUGGACAUAAACAGGUCUACAUACCGUCGUCAUGGGUCAACGACGGCGUGUGCGACUGUUGUGACACGAGCGACGAAUAUGCUUCCAGGGUAGAAUGUGUCAACAACUGCAGCGAGUUGGGCCGAGAGGCCCGAUUGGAGCAGCAGAAGGCGGAACAGUUGGCGCGAGAGGGUAACAAGCUGCGCGUGGAGUUAGCAGCGAAAGGCAAAACAAUGAAGGCAGAGCAUCAAUCGCGUUUGGCGAAGCUAAGAGUGGACUAUCAAGAGGCAGAAUUAUUGAAGAGGGAGAAGGAGAUAUUGAAGACACAGGCAGAGGAACGGGAGAGCGUGGCAUUGGAAAAGUAUAAACCCGUCGAGCCGGAGCAACAAUCGGCAACAGAAGAGAGUCCUGGAGAGGAAGAAGAGAAAUUAAGUACCCCUGAAGCGGAAGAUUAUUUUAAGAUAUUAGAUUCAGAUUCCAGUGGUACAGUAACAGUGGCAGAAUUGCAAACCAGGGCUACAUUCGAUAAAAAUAGAGAUGGGGCUGUGUCGGAAGAAGAAGCACUAUAUUUUCUCACUGAUAAGAAGGAAGUCACUCUGCAAGAAUUUGUAGAUACCGCGUGGGCAAACAUAAAACCUUACUUAAUGUUGGAGCAAGGUAUGUUUAAAGCUGCAGAAAAUAAAAAAGAGGCUGACGAGCAACAAUCUUUGGAUGAUUCGGAUCAUGAGAAGGAAGAAGAUGAAGAGGGAGAAAUUACCGACAUAGAAGAAGAGGGAACUGUCCCUGAAGAGGAACAGGAACAGGAACAGGAAAAUGAACCACAGGAACCAGAAGUCCAAUAUGACGAAGAAACACAAGCACUCGUUGACGAGGCUAACAAUGCUCGUGAACGUUUUCAAGAAACCGUGAAAGCUAUCAAUGAAUUGGAAUCAGAGAUUAGACAGCUGGAGGAAAAACUUGAACGCGAUUACGGGCCACAAGAAGAAUUCGCGUCGCUUGAUGGCGAAUGCUUCGAAUACACUGAUCUAGAAUACAUCUACAAGUUGUGUUUAUUCGGUAAAACCUCACAGAAAUCUAAAUCUGGCGGUAGUGACGUUACUUUGGGUCAUUGGUAUGAUUGGGUAGGAACAGCCGCUAACAAAUACACCAAAAUGAAGUACGAUCGUGGUCUCACUUGCUGGAACGGUCCGGCACGUUCUACCAUUGUCACCUUGUCGUGCGGAACGGAGAACAAGCUCAUCUCGGUGACGGAACCAAGUCGUUGCGAAUACGCGAUGGAAUUCUCCACUCCAGCACUCUGCAAUCCCAGUUCGGACACCACGGACAAGCACGAUGAACUAUGAAGUCAUUGCUUCAUUAGUAAAACAAUAAAAGCGCGCGCACGUGGUCAGUCGCACGUACAAUGUGAAUCGUCAAGCACUUACGCUCUUCGCGGAUUGCGAGACGUGUUGCAAAGAUCGAGAAAGCAACGUUGGACAAAUUCGCAAAUAUUUCCACAAUGCAGUCGCAAGUAAUAAUAUAACUAGUAAGUUUUAUAUUUUCUCUAAUUUUUGAUUCGUCCUGAAUUGAAAUAUAUAAUACAUUACACGAUUUUUUUUCCAUAACAUAGUUAGUGAAAAUUACUUAAGCAUUUAUGGGUGUAAGUUCACAAAAGAUGUCAACCGUGUAUAGUGCUUUAAUAUCAGUACUUUAUAUAAAUACAAGAUAAAAUUGUAAUAAGAAUGAAACAUUAUUAACUUCUAGAAUCUAGUCAUGUAUUGGAUCGAUCAAAAAAUCGAUCACUUUUUUUAUAUCGCAUUUAUGUACAUUAAAUUAUAAACUAGUGGAAAUCAUUAUAUAAAAACCGAUGUAUGUGUAUAUGUGAUACACUUUAUCUUUGGAUUAUGUUAAUUUACACACACAUUAUAGUCGGAAAUUGAUAAAAAAAAGAAAGAAACUUUUGGCAAAUGUGAUACAAUACAUGACGGAUUAUUUAAUGUUUAAAUAUUUUUUUGAAAUGAAAAAAUAAUAUUGUAUUAAUUAGAAGAGUAUAUCUUUUUUUGUUCAAAUACACUACUGUGUAUAUAAACUACAACGUUACGAUCGCGAUCACUUAUUCAUCACUGCAUCCGAAGAGUCCGUUGACUCAGUAUUGAACGAAAAGUUGAUUAAUAAUUGUAAGAUAAUUAAUUCUUAAAUCUUAUCUUGUUCCGACAUCGAUAAAGAGAUCAUUACUAUGUGCAAAGCUAUUGUAUUAAAACUGACUGUUACAUUCCUCUUUUUGUACAUGGAGAAGUUUUUAUGUGAUCUAAAAAUAAAAUUGAGAUCACGGCUAAGUGCCAGUGAUGAAACAUACUUUAUA